UGUAGCCUUUAUCAUUGUGAAAUUCAAUUCAUAAACGUUAUAAAGGUUAAAUAAACCGAUAAUCCAGGAAAUUGGCUGAAUUGAAUCAUUACAUUGAUGCAAAAAAUCCCCCAAAUCCGAUAAUGUAUUUACCAUAGGCCAUUACACAAUCUCGGGUAUUAGCAUCAGUAUGCAAUAUUACCUACAAUUGCUUUAUAAACCUUCAAAUAUUGUAAAGAUGUUUAUUCGGCCUAAUCUAUGUUGUUUUAUUGUUGUGGCUGUUUUACUUUUAUCUUUGUAUCAAUGAGACAACCAUAGACAUAUAUACCUGUUCUUGUCCAAUGACUUUCAUCCCAAAAUGUGUCACACCUCUAUAUAUAUUUCGUAAACCAUGAUAGAUAAAGGUUUGCAGCAUAAAUCAUCUCUGAUUGAGUCAUCUCUAAACAUGCGAACAGUGCAUGUUCAGGUCCGUGACGUCAGGGGCCAGAUUGACCAAUAGCAGCGUCUGUAUUCCAGCCUAUGAUUGUACAGUAAGUACUAUGAGCUCUGCCUCCUUCCCUCUCGCUGCAGCGAUGAAAGCAGAGGAGAUAAUCGAGACUAACCCGUGGAUGUGCCAUAAAACUGUUCGUUAGAGCUGAGAUAUUCCUUUUCCAGCUGUUAGCCCGGCCAGCUCGCAGGUCUCCGGUUGUUAAGUCGAAGAUAAACAGCUAUCUGUGUGAGAGGCGAACCUGAGCAAGCCGAGAGCGACAGAGGGGGGUUUGUCGGCCCACUGCAGUCUGAAUCAACGCGGACUCGCCCCGCCGCUGGUUCAUCAUCGACGAAAUUUGCCCAUCGACGGGUACAUCGCCUUGGAGGAGGAAAGCAUCGGGAAGAGACGGGAGCCAAGCUCGUGUUUGACCCUUUGCCGCAGCCCUGAGGUGCGCUGCCUGGCAGGGAGUGCUAAAUAAUGAGCCAAAGGGACACACUGGUUCAUCUGUUCGCUGGAGGAUGUGGUGGCACAGUGGGCGCAAUUGUGACUUGUCCUCUGGAGGUUGUGAAGACCAGACUGCAGUCCUCCUCCGUCACUUUCUACAUCUCUGAAGUCCAGCUCAACACCGUCAAUGGAGCCAGUGUGGCCCGUGUCGCUCCACCAGGGCCUCUGCACUGUCUCAAGUUGAUUCUAGAGAAAGAGGGACCUCGUUCACUCCUCAGAGGACUGGGCCCAAACAUCGUGGGUGUGGCACCUUCCAGAGCGAUCUACUUUGGGGCCUAUUCGACAGCCAAGGAGAAGCUGAAUGGCGUGCUGGAGCCGGACUCUACCCAGGUGCACAUGGUGUCGGCUGGGCUGGCAGGGUUCACCGCCAUCACAGCCACCAAUCCCAUCUGGCUGAUCAAGACCCGCCUGCAGCUGGAAACCAGAAACAAGGGUGAGCGGCGAAUGAACGCCUUUGAGUGCGUGCGGCGGGUUUACCAGAUGGACGGCCUGCGAGGCUUCUACAGGGGAAUGUCAGCCUCAUACGCUGGCAUCUCUGAGACCGUUAUUCACUUUGUCAUCUAUGAGAACAUCAAACGCAAACUGCUGGAGUACAAGGCCCGCUCCAGCAUGGACAAAGAGGAAGAGACUGUGAAGGAAGCCUCAGACUUUGUGGCCAUGAUGUUCGCAGCAGCCACCUCCAAGACCUGCGCCACCUCCAUCGCCUACCCUCAUGAGGUAAUCCGCACACGGCUACGAGAGGAAGGCAGCAAGUAUCGCUCCUUCUUCCAGACUCUGCUGUUGGUAUCCCGUGAGGAGGGAUACCGGGCGCUGUACCACGGCCUAACCACCCACCUCGUCAGACAGAUCCCCAACACGGCCAUCAUGAUGUUCACCUACGAGGUGGUGGUCUACAUGCUCGGCCGUUAGCCCACCAGGUACGUCUCCUUCUCGUUUAAAGAGGGAGUCAAUAAGCAAAUGACUGAGAAGAAAGCCCUUGGGUGGGGGUAGGCUAGACGACAUGUUAAAAUGAAGACCAAAGGAAAACCGAUAAUACUCUAAAGGACCAGAAGAAAAAAAAUAAGAAAAAAAGACAAAAGAUGAGGAAAUUGGAGGAAGGGAAAUCCCUUUCUUCACCAUAUCAGCAUCAACACCUCCAGGUCCCUUUGUCAGAUCCUUGAAACCGAUAGAGUUGGCUACAGUUCCCAAAAAAAGGUCAUAGGAGAAUAAAUGAGGCACUGGCAGUAUAAAUACAGAGUUUGGCCCCUUGUAAACUAAGGCCACCCCUAAAAAAUACAAUAAUUUAAGCACAAUUCAGUGGCCUUAACUGAAAAAGGUUUUAGUUUGCACCCUUCCCUUGAAAAACUGCCUUUCCACUCGAUGAUAUUUUAAAAGGGGGAUGCUUGGAGGUAAUUACAAUUGGACAGGAGAAAUGAAAACUAAUGUAGGUCAAUGGUUCUCUAUUGGCACUAUUUGUCUGCACUGGUCUUGCUUCAGUGCUGUGAGACUAGUUUACAAUCAGACGACUGGCAGUUAGCCGUGUAAGCAGAAUGUCAGAAGGAAGCAGGAAACAAAGACUUGGGUCUGUUUUAAAGUCACCAUCUUUGCACUACAAAAAAGUGUGGCUUCAAGCAUUCCCCUCUCAACACUGCAGCCCCCCUCCCCCUAUUGAUGGCCUGAAGUUUAAUCACAGCAGUGAGCUUUCUUGCCUUAAACAGGAAAACACAGAGAUGAGCUUGUGAUGGCCUGUCACUCCCACACAUGCCUCAGAAACUGGCUUGUGUUUCUUAAGAUUUGGAUGAAAGGCUGAUAUUCAGUGUUUCCCCCAUGGCUCUAUAACUCUACGCCUGAUAGUGACUUGCUUCGGGUGAAGUUGGCCUUCUGUGUCCACAGUUUUUAUUUGUUAACACCAAAAUAAGAUUGGCAAAGAAGGCCAGCUUCGGCCUGCACACAGUCGCUGGACAGGUCUUUAAAUACCUUGUGUGAAAAACACGAGACUAACGUGUCCUUUCGUAUCCUCUAUUUUCUGAGAUGUGUGUGAUUGUUCAAAAGGUACCAAGACUAAAGUAUCUAUUAUUGGAGUGCCACUACUUGAAUAAAAUGUGACGGUGUGGGGAAAUGUUGGAGCGGGACAAUGUUGUUGGAAGUUUCAGCAUCCCCCCAUUACCUGUUUGUUUGUGACAGUGUGAGUGUAGGUUUAACGAGUGGGUUACUUUCUCACCCAACUAUGUUUUAAGAAUGUGUGUGUUUGAGCCUCUGCGGUUCGUGUGUGCCUGCAUGUAUAUUAAUUAUUAUCUACUCCAGAUUUCCCUCCACUAACAAUUCAUCUUGCAAGACACUGGGUCUGAGUGUGGAGAUGCUCCCACUCUUACGCCAGUCCUUCCUUCCAGUGGCUUCCAACUGACCUGAUAACAUGCACUUUUGUGGCCUUUUAGGGCUUGUGCUUGCAUUUUAUUGUGUGGACAGUUUGAACUUGUACAUUGUAGAAGUAAAAAAAAGUAUUACUUUAUAUCAAAAUGGUAUUUUGCGCAACUGUUCUUAAAGCAGAUAUAUUGUACAGUUUAGAUUCCUGAGUAGUUGUGAAGGAUGUGCAAAUGUGUGUGUAUAUAAUAUAGAUACUGUUUAUGCAUAUCAUCUAUUGUUUUUUGUUCUUAGGCCCGUGUACGAUCAUGCUGUAGUUUGCAAUUUAUUGGUGCAUUUUUGUGCAAUCUAACCUUGUUUGACAUUGACUGUUGACAAUUGAUUUUGCUUGACUGAUUUAUCUUUCAGUAUAAACUGUGAGUUUAUUUGUGUGUCUCUGUAACCCUUCAUGCAAACAUUUAUGCUUCUGCUUACACUUACAAACUCUGCAGGACAAAUACUUCCAUGAACGCAUUUGUGCAGGAGCGCUGGUUACUCGGUUUUACUGCUUUCAUAAAACUGAUCCAUAUUGCAAAGUUUGGAUGUUCGCGUCAUUGGUAUUGUUUACAACAUGUUGUGAAUAUGAAGAUGUUAUAACUUUAAUGUGAGAGUUCAACAACUGGAAUUGUCUUUCUACAACACUGUACACAGUUGGAACUGUUAAAAACUGAAUACAAAACAUAAUUGCUAAUCUGUUACAGAAAAUGUUGUUGGUGAAAGUAUCAUCAACAUUCAGUUAAAAAGUGAAUAUACUAUACAGAAUGGUUUUCUUUAGGAAAACCCGAUAAACACAUUUCAAAUUGUACCCAACACGUAAUCAAAUUUACCUUAAAAACGUUUACGAUGUUUGUAAUCAAGCUCUCCGUUCACAGUUUACAACCGCGGCAUAUUCAUUCCCCAUAUUAAAAUGAUAAAGUCUGCACAGCUUUCAUGUUGAAAAAUAAGUAUUGUAUUUAAUUUGCCAAUCAUAGUAAAAUACGGUGCAUUCAGGCAUAAUAUUCUUAAACGUGUUGCAGUACACUUCAAGAGGCUUGUGUUGUAAUAGUUCUGUCUUUUGGCUACAUUGCAGUAAUACUUGAGGUCAAAUAACAAUAAUGUGAAACGUACAGACAACUGGACAAACAUUUCACUCUGCUGUGUAGCUCUCAUUUCAGUGUUUGUAUGCAAUCCACUUUCUUUUUGUAUGAUUAACUUGGAGCCUCAAGCAGGGUUCAAUGAAACCUGCCACAUUGGUUUGUGCCAGCUCAAUCGUUGAUGGAUUUUUUUGUUUGUUUGUUUUUCAACAAAAAUAAAUAAAAAUCCACUUGCAACUAAA